CGCGGUAUAUGUAUGAUGUCCACGAUUCCGAGAGAAAAUAUAUGCUCGAACUGUCUGAAACAAGCUGAUGUGCAUCUGAUAUGUGUUGAAUGUGAUUGCGUACAGCUAUGUAUUAGUUGCUACUGUUACGGUGUUGAGUCUGGGAUACACAAGAAAAACCAUGGUUAUCGGGUUUCGAGACUAAAUUUACUGCCACACUCUAUCAUCGAGGGUUGGAAUUCUGAGGAGGAAUUGAAUCUUCUUGAAGCAUUGGAGCAGUAUGGAAUUGGGAAUUGGGAGGAUAUAGCUCUAAAAGUGGGAUCUAAAAGCUCUGAAGAAUGCAUGUAUCAUUACUGUAAUCGCUAUUUGGGUGGAGUAUUUGGCCUGGAGCUGUUGAAUGAUAAUGAAUAUCCUUCUCGAAUUACAGAUCAUACAAACCGUGUAGUGGCAUCUCCUAUGCAACCACCAAAAGCACCAUUUAUUGAUAUUGAAGAUCAACAGCUGUUGGGUUACAUGCCAAAUCGUGGUGACUUUGAACGAGAUUAUGACAACGAUGCUGAGAGUAUACUAUGUAGAUUACAUCCCAGUUUUUCUCAUGAUGACCUAGAGGACGCUUUAAAAGUAGCACAAGUCAAUAUUUACAUGCAAAGAUUGCGUGAGCGUCAAAGGCGCAAAGAAAUCGCUUGUGAGCAUGCUUUGAUUCCUUAUAUUCUAGCAUUUAUUUUAAACAAACGUAUAAAAAAACGUAUCCCUAUAGUAGGAAAACACACUGCAAAAGGAUAUACACCUGCCAGAAGUAAACAUCGUGGACGUCCACCAUCAUUGACAAAUAUAUCACACAACAAAUUAAAUAAUAAAAUAACACCUAUGAGAAAACUAUCCAACAUUAAUGAAUCUCUGAAUAAAAGUUCAACUAAAAAGCCUUCUCCAAGUAGUUGGCUUGCUGCUCCAUUUAUUGUUCAGUCAUCUGAGUUGAUAAAAGGUGCACCAAUUGUAGUCAAUAUCUCAUCGAAUGUUUUGAAUAAUCAAGGAUUAACCGAUUCCAAAAGUAUAAAUUCAACUAAUAUCUACAAAGUUGAAUCAACAAACUCAUUGGAGGAUUUCAACGGAUUGUAAGUUUUUAAUUAGUAAUAUUGUAGCAUGACAAAAUAUUGAUGUUCUUUCUAAGGCGAACACCGUUAGUUCACUCACAAACGUUACUGAAUUCAGUCAUUAUUACUUCCAUUUAUGGCAACUUGAAUAAGCAUUCUAUUUCACGUUAUACAUUGGUGAUAGUUUUAAUACUAUAAUACAUACAUUUUAGAAAAUCCAAUAUUGAUAUUAUUUAAGGUCACUUGCCCCGUGAUUAAGUGCAUUAAGUGCUUUUCAUAAUUCACAAAUAAUUCAACCUAUCGUAUGAGGCGGCUGAAAUAUACCCAUGAUUAGUGAAACAAUCAACGAAGUCAGGUUGUUAGUAUAAUUCCAAACCAGCUGAUCCAAAUGUUAGACAGUGUUUAACAAUAAAACUUUAAUAAGCUCUAUCUUAUAUUGCUCUAGAUUUACACCAAACAUAACACAAAACUCAAUCCACAAACAUUCAGUAAAAAUGAAAAUUUCGUCCUGAGAAAAUAGAGUCUCUCAGUAGACAAGUGCUUAUUGUUUUAAUGCUUUUAAUCAAACUCUUUAUUCAAAGUUAGGAAUCAUCUUUAAACUAAUCUAACUGAUGUUAGUUGCUGAUCACUUAAAAGACAUGAGACAAAGGUAUAUUCUGCGAAACAUUAAGAAAGCAUAAAAUUGGCCUAUGAUUUCAUUGGUGCUUGACCUAAUUUCUGCUCAACAUCACAGAAUUAAAAAGUCAAUUAACAUUAGGUUUAAUUCCAAUUUUGGGAUAUGUAUGUACGUGUAACAUCCGAUUUCUUCGAUCACUUAUCAAAAUGAAGUUGGUUCAAAAGGGUUCUUUUGUAUACUCAGAUAGCAAUAAGUGACUCGAAAGAAAUUAGGGAGUAUGUAUCGAAAUGCUUUUCUCAAUGUUUUGACCAGAACUCCAACCAAAUACUUAUGCCUUCAAGCACCAGUACAUUAUCCAUUCAACUACCUAACCUAUACAACCACUAGCUUGUGCAACGGCUGUGAAUUUCAAUUUAAUUUGUAAUGGUUUAGAUUAUUAACUUAAAGUUCAUGUCCAUUAUUGUACAAGUGAAUGAUUGUUUAAUUUCAUUAGCCAAGCGGAUAAAGGGUUGGGCGUUUGAAACAAAAUGUACUGAGUUUGAAUCCCAUAAUAAACGUCAACUCUGAGGUGCAGAUCAAUUCAGCGGACGGGCACCAAAUAGUAUGAUAUAUAUAUAUAUAUCCAUUCUUCUAACUUGUAAUCAGUGUAAUAUUUCUGCUUGUCACUUUCUUUUGUACUACAUUUCUUUAUUUGAAUGAAUUGCUUGAAGGAUUCUAUUGUUUGAUUGAUUGUAUAUGUAUACUGUUUGAACUACCGUAUACAGAAGUCAGUGUUCAUUACAAGCUGUGAAAUGAGAACCCUUGACAACUGAGGUGGGAACUGAACAACCGUCCCUAUCUAGUUUAUAGCUCAUCAACACCGUAGACUCACUGUAUCGUAUUUGUUUAAAAAGAUUUUAAGCUCUUAUGUUGUGUCGUAGGUACACACUAUCGUAAUCCGGAUAAAGAUGAAAUAUUUACUUAUGAAAUAUAUAUAAGGUCCAAUACAAAUGAACAUUAAGUAUAUAUAUUCACAAAGAUAUUGUUUAAUUUGGGUACAGUUCACUUAUAAGUACAAACACGGAAGACUUAUCUUUCAGUCAGUAAAGGGAGUCGCUCUUCCUAUUACAAAGCAUGUGAAAGGAAACUAUAGCAGGAUCUUCAUCGGAUUCGAUUCCAUGCUUUGUCUGAUUACGUCUCAAACUACUGAGUUAUAUCGUUAGGACCUUAAUCAGGGAGUUGUGACAGACCGAUAGAUUUCAGAUCUAUACAGAUUUUUUUCUUCAUACCUGGUCAUCAUUCUAUAAAUUGGUCAAAAACAAUAGACAGUUUUAGAUUUAUUUGCUUAUUUAAACAUAUAAAUAUUGGU